AUGUGUCCGCUAAGAUCUUCUGCUAAUGAAAUGACGACGCCUUUUUCUUCUUCUCUACUUGCCUCAUUCCUCAUAUCGCCUGCAGUGGAGGACGGCAGCUGUGGACAUGCUGAGGAGGCAUCGCUGCACGUGAUUUCUCUGAUCGAUCGAUCGAUCACGCGCAACGGAGAACGUGGAGCAGUGCCAAGUGUUCCUCCGUUGGUUGGUUCGCGUAGUCGUCUCCUCAGGGCCGGAAUGCGGCAACAGAUUUGUCCCGGAAUCGGGCACGCUUUUCCUCCUGUUCGGCUUCUUCUUCCUCCAAAGUCUUCUUAG